ACUGCACGGAGCCAAGCUAGAUAAUAGAUAACAAAAUAAAUCAUGGCGUCAGACGAGAUCGUGUGGGAUAUCAUAAAUAAUCAAUUCUGCAGUUUCAAAAUCAAAACUUCUGUUAAUCAGUCAUUCUGUCGAAACGAGUACAACGUUUCUGGCUACUGCUCGAAGCAGCACUGCCCACUUGCCAACUCCCGCUAUGCUACUGUUCGAAGCGACGCUGUAACUGGCAGGUUAUACCUCUAUAUGAAAACUGCUGAGCGAGCGCACUUGCCUAGCCGAUGGUGGGAGAGAGUGCGAUUACCUUCGAAUUACAGCAAAGCGCUCGAGGUUAUCGAUGAGCGCUUAAUCUAUUGGCCGAAGUUUUUGGUACACAAAUGCAAACAGCGUUUGACCCGACUUACGCAAGUCGCCAUACGAACGAAGAAGCUGCAGAAUGAAGAGGUUCGCCUUGAUGAGCGUCUAGUGGCAAAACUUGCACCCAAGGUCCGACAAAGAGAAGGAAUAAUGGAACGAAAAGCGGAGGCAUCAGCGAAAGUCGAACGGGCUAUUGAGCGUGAACUCAUUGAGCGCCUUCGGAGUGGUGCUUACGGGGACCGUCCUUUGAACAUAGAGGAGGGAUUAUGGAAAAGGGUAUUGCGCGGCCUUGAGAGCACAGGAGAAGGAAUUCAUGAUGAGGACUUAGAUGAUGGUAUUGACGAGGAAGAACUGGAGAUGCUCUCCGAGAAAGAGCUCGAGUACACUCACGAACCUGCUGCUGAGGUUGAAUAUAUUUCUGACGACAUCGAUACGUCUUCAGAAGGAGAAGAGCUCGGCGACCUCGAAGAUUGGCUUGACGGCACAAGUUCCAGAGACAGUGCUAUUGACAAUGAGGAACGCUGCAGAGAUAAUGCAAGCAGAGUUACGAGUCCGGUAGAAAAUGUCAAAUCAAAGACGUCAGUACAGCCUUUGAAAAGGAGACAAGGAGCGUCUGGAAAUCAACCGCCACACAAGAAGCCACAGACGGGGCCAAGGAGACAGAUAGAAUAUGAGUUUGAGAAGGCUGAGCACGAAAUUCCGCAAUUCUACAAAGCCUGAAUUUCAAAAAUAAUCAUAUAACUUAAGAGGGGUUCCUUGAUACAUGACUCUAUGACAAGUUAGUAUAAGACUUUUUAUAGUAUGAACUUUUUGAAAAAGAUCUAUCAUAGACUGUAAUUAGUUAUAAUUAUUGGAAUCCACUGAAAGAUUCGUCAGGUAAUGCUAACGCAAGCCACUCUAGAAGUGAUACGUUUCCUAGAGCGAGAAAGGAGUUAAUGUCACGGGACUACUUGAACACAAGAGAACAACAUUGUAACUGUGAGUCACAUGAGCCAACCUUAGCGAAUUGGCUGAUAUUAGAGGAUGUUGGCGGCAAUUGGCCGACCCUGGUUCUAUUAAGGCAACAGAAUGGUGACUAUGAUAUGUCGUAGGGAACCCCGUGAAAUUGAGUCGUUCACUGAGGGUGCCAAACCAUUCUCCUCCAGAAUGUCGUCAACCGUAAAGGGUCUUUUGAGGAGCAAGAGUCUGUCUGGUUGCUCGAAGCACGGUAGGUAGUGCAUGUGCAUGGUUCCUGUGAGGAAGUUGUUCAGGUAUGGCGUGUUAAUUUCCAUUUGUUGUACACUGUAGUUUGCAUAGCAGGAAUUCGUAGUCGUAUGCGGAGGCUGUCAAACUGUACAACUGUGCAUAUGUAUCUUCAAAGGAUAUGCCUAGGACCUGAGUGAAACCUUGUGCGAUAAGGCGUGCUUUAUAGCUCUUAUUGCCAGAUAUAUUGUAUUUGUCCAUGAAGACCCAAAAUAAC